GCUGUUCCGUCAGCUGCCUUUCCCGGGCGUCUCCCCGCAACCUCUUCAACUUCCCUUGUCCGUGACGCGGCGCCCGGGAGAAAGCUGCCGGGACUCGGGCCCGCGGAGCGUGAGCUGCAGGUGAGGAUCCGGUGUGUGCAUCUCCUCGCGGCUGUCUUUGAGAGGACACGCUGUGUGGCUAGGACCGCCAGGAGACUGACUGAAGACUGGUUAAAAGAAGAUGGACGCACAGAGUUCAGCCAAAAUGAACACAAGAAAGAGGAGAAAAGAGGUACCUGGACCCAAUGGGGCAGCAGAAGAAGAUGGAAUUUCUUCAAAAAUGCCACGCUGUGCGGUUGGCUUACAGCAGCCAGCUCCUUUUUCUGAUGAAAUUGAGGUCGACUUUAGUAAGCCCUAUGUCAGGGUAACUAUGGAAGAAGCCAGCAGAGGAACUCCUUGUGAUCGGCCUGUGAGAGUUUAUGCUGAUGGAAUAUUUGACUUAUUUCACUGUGGUCAUGCUCGGGCUCUGAUGCAAGCAAAGAACCUUUUCCCUAAUACAUACCUCAUUGUGGGAGUUUGCAGUGAUGAGCUUACGCACAACUUCAAAGGCUUCACGGUGAUGAAUGAAAAUGAGCGCUAUGAUGCAGUACAGCACUGCCGCUAUGUGGAUGAGGUGGUGAGGAAUGCUCCCUGGACCUUGACACCAGAGUUCCUGGCAGAACACCGGAUUGAUUUUGUAGCCCAUGAUGACAUCCCUUAUUCUUCUGCUGGGAGCGAUGAUGUUUAUAAGCACAUCAAGGAAGCAGGUAUGUUUGCACCAACACAGAGGACAGAAGGUAUCUCCACAUCAGACAUCAUCACCCGAAUUGUCCGGGACUAUGAUGUGUAUGCCAGACGGAAUCUACAGAGGGGCUACACGGCAAAGGAGCUCAAUGUCAGCUUUAUCAACGAGAAGAAAUACCACUUGCAGGAGCGGGUUGACAAAGUAAAGAAGAAAGUGAAAGACGUGGAAGAAAAGUCAAAAGAAUUUGUUCAGAAGGUGGAGGAAAAAAGCAUUGAUCUCAUUCAGAAAUGGGAGGAGAAAUCCCGAGAAUUCAUUGGAAGUUUCCUGGAAAUGUUUGGUCCAGAAGGAGCCCUGAAACAUAUGCUGAAAGAGGGUAAAGGCCGGAUGCUGCAGGCCAUCAGUCCAAAGCAGAGUCCCAGCAGCAGCCCUACUCGGGAACGCUCCCCAUCCCCGUCUUUCCGAUGGCCCUUCUCUGGCAAGACUUCCCCGCCUUCCUCCCCAGCAAACCUCUCCAGGCACAAGGCUGCAGCUUAUGAUAUCAGUGAGGAUGAAGAAGACUAAGUUUUCAUCCCUUCUUUCCUGUCCCCUCCCUCUGUCCCAUCACCUUCAGAAGCUCUCUGUUGAAUUUCGAAUUGUGAUUCUGACACUAAACCUAAGGACAGCUACAAAGGAAAGAAAGUUGGGGCAGGAGGACCUAGGAUGGGAUCAGACAGCCUAUUCUCCAGGAGACAUCACCCAUCCACACCAAGAAGGAGGCUGACUGCACCUCAGAAACCUGUUCUGCAUCCAUAUACCCUCCCUACAGACUUUGCUUUACUGUUUAUGUUCAUGUGAUUUUGACAGGGAAAUUGUCAUUUUUAUUAAUUUUUUAAAAAUUAGUCUUUCAAAUGUUGUAAGUAGAACUAAUUUUUUGCCCCUGAGGAGUGGGCAGAAGGAAGUGGUAUAUUACUCAGAGGCCUUUUCCUCCUGAUACACUAUAGUGUUUGCCUUCUGUUCUGAGGCAGAGUGGCUUGCCAAGUCUUUCAAGCAAUGAGCCAUGCUGAUGAGUGAUUUCAGGGGGCAGGGGAAAUAGCAUAAUUUUGGUGUCCUUAACAAAAAAGCUAAAAGCUAAGUAAACUCAGUCACAAAUCCCCUAAAUGUACUGCUGGCACAUGUGUCAAUGUGGCUGGCUGUGAGAAGAAGGAGAUCUGACCCUAACUUUCUUACUCCCUGAGGAGUUUCUUGUUGGACCCAAUGGGGUCCAUGGAAGACACUGAUGGGGAUGGAACCAGACCACAUGGCAUCAGCUAUGGUUUUCCUGCUGUGUUCAUCUUCUCAGAAAACUCUCACCCAAUUAUUUGGGAGCUCUCGUCAAUCUCUUUCCUACAGUCUACCUUCAAAGGCAGGAACACGUCCAGAUUUAUUGUGAUUGGGGAGGAGAGUGGGACAAUACUCAAUCCUAUACAGGGUCAGGUUAGGUUAAUUUUCCCAUCUGUGAGUAAGUUCCUGGCCCUGCUAUUUCGUGCUUAUUACCUAGCUUUUUACAGAGGAUACUUUAUAAAUGUCUGCAGUUUGAACAUGAUCUGUUAAUCCAUGUUGCUCAAAGCCAUACUGAAUAUUUAGAGAGAUUUGCACAGAAUUUAAACACAAAAGCAUAAAGAAACACCCCCCCCCUUCCUAAAGCCUUAUCUUGAACUCUGUCCUUCUUAAGAAUGUUCUUGACUGGAACUAAUGCUCCAGGUAGUGUUUCUUUUCCUCUGAGAGUUGCAGCUGGUUGGGACUUCCCUCCGCUGCCCCUCCAGCAGACCACAGAAGAUUACAAGAAAAUGGCAGGUUCUCUCCUUUUCCCAGGUGUGCCUGGUGGUUAUGGUCCCACUGCUCCCGUUAGGUUGCCCAGGAGGAUUCACCACUUAUAUCCCACAUCAGAGAUGCUGAAGCUUAACACUUGCAGUUGAGCAUGAGCUCAUUUUAAGCCUCUAGCAUUGGGCCCUUACAUUACUGAGGAGACCAUCAUCUUCAGUAAUCCUGUAGCUGGGUUCAGGGGAAAAUUGCUUAUGUCCAGGCCCCACCCUGUCACUCAUAAAUACCCCUUGUGGGGGUGGAGUUUUGGUGUUUUCAGCUAAGAAAACCACAUUUUAUCUUUGCUUUCCCCAGUGCUAGGGCUGUGAGCAUCUCAUAGUCUCCUCCCUAAAUAUUUUCUGGUAAAACUUGCUCUUCUGCCUGAGGAUCAGGCUAGAAUCACUGCCUGCUUGCACAGCAGGACUGCCUGGUUUCUUAUAACUCCUGAUCACCCAGAGAGACAGAGUAUAGCAGAGUAGAGACACAAAGAGGGAAAUCUCUUAUUGUCAUGAUGGCUUACAAAACUACAUUUCUGACUCUUCUCAUGAAGUGCUAUUUUUGCUAUCAGAUAUGGUUUACAUGAGCUUUGGCUUGGAAUCCUUUUUUUACAACAGUACAAGUUCUUGUUUUCCUCCAUUAACAAGCUUCAUAGGAUCACGUAUUUUAACUUUUCUGCUUUAGUCUUCCCUCUUUGGGAAUUUUGCCUACUUCUGUCUUAUUUUCCUUGGUACAGAAAGAUAAUGAAAUCACUGAAGGUCACCUACCUAUUCCUCAAGGUACAUAUUGACCAAGUGUAUCUGGCAAGGGAGAUGCUCAGAAUGUGGUUUUGCACCCUGUGUGUCACUCCUCUCAAGUAUACUGUCGGGGAUCUCUUCCUCUGCUCUGUCAGUGGGCUACUUUUGGCAUUCCCUGCCCUUGGAAUAUAACCGCUCUGCUGGUAAGUUCUCUGAGACUGCCAGGUCCGGCAUAUGCACAUGUGCUUGGAAAGCCCUCUCACCCCUUUUGACGAGCCUCUCUGGCCUCAGUCUCCUAACACUAGUGCAUCUUGAAGUAAUUUUGACUUGAAGAUGAAAAUUUAUGGUUGUGGCAUAUUAGCUACUUUGGGGUAAAUGGGAUCCUAGGUGCUGGACAAGGAUGGGUGGAGGGAAGAAGCUGUCGGGAUGAUGUAUUAUUUGAUCAUUUGUGCCUAAUUAAAUGAAGUUAGUGGUUUGCCUACCAUGACCAUGCCUGUGAUCUGUAAAUCUGCUAUUAUUAAUUUUAAUAUGAACUGUUAAGAUUGAUUUCUAAUAUUAAUAUUAUUAUCUAUUUCCCUGAAUCCCACACACAAAGCAAUAAGCCAAAUGUAGCAGAAGUGGGAGAGCCUUAAACACUGGUUGGCUUCAGAGCCCAGUCUGUAAGACGGAAGAACGGAGACAUUCCAUGCUCCUCAGAAUGCUGAGGAGGUGCUACUUUAGUUAUCUUGGGAUGUCUGGGCAGAAAGUUUGCUCUUUUCAUACACUAGACUCGGUAGCAGUAAGGAGGAGAGGUUGAAACUUUCGAGGAGUAGAAACAGAUCCUUUGUACUACUGCCACCGUUUCUGACAAUUAGAGCCAAAGAGCAUUAUUUCGCUAAGGGUUGGGUAAGAAGUUGGGGAUAUGAGGACGUUGAAGAUCCUAAAUAAGAAAAAAUAUGAAGGAGGUCAAGAGAACUUUUGACUUUAUCUGAUUGCCGAUAACGCAGCACCUGAGUUAGAUUUUUCUUAUUUUACUUGUGACCACACAACUGGUCAGGCAGCCUCUGGAUAUUCUCCCUGUGAUGAUUCUUCACAGUGCUUUGGUUUCUCUGGAUUAUCUUAAUCUGUGGGUAACUUUUGUUAUUCUGGAGCUCAUUGCCUUUCUGACCCUGUUUUAGAUUUAUCUAAAAUCUUUCCAAAUCGAUUAUAUUUUGCUGCUUUUCUUUAAUUCCCUAAAAGCCAUAGCUUCUACAUUUUCUGUCAGCACACCCUUUCACCAGAAGUUGAACUAAUAACAGGUAGGGAAAAAAAGCUCCCUUAAUAAUGGUUUUAACUAAUGGUAUUUUUUUUAAGCUUACCAAUAUAAGUAUUUUUAAAGGUUGUAUUUUUCAAAGUCAUACAAUGAUGUUCUUGUUUUCUCUCAUAGAAUAAAUUGUCAUGGGAUAAAGAGUGGUCCCUAGCUUCUAUUUUUCCAAAUAAGUAGAACAUAUUCUUGGGAUUAUAUUAUUAAAUGUUAAUUUUCUCUAAAAGAAAGAGGGAAGAUUUUCUGUCUGCCAAAGUUUUAUGUUAAUACUCAGAUUGGGGUAGAAAACAAAGCGCUAGGUUUAACACUAGGAUGACUCAGGUUGUGUUCCUUUAGGUUUAAAGAGAGCUUUCCCACCCUUCUUCGGGGGGCACUGACUAUUUUAAACACAGAGACUUGAUUGGUUGGGUUGCUUUGUAGGGAGGAUCCUGAAAAGAAAAAGGUGGAAGAAACACUAGCUUUGGUAUGAAUGUUAGUCCCAUCUGCAGUGCCAGCAUCCACAGGGUGUUUUCCUCAAUCGGUGUUCAAUAUAUUGUUUUCCUAUGUGAGUGUUAUUGAUUUGUUCCAGUUAUUUGGGCCUUUGUCAUUUAGCCAAAUAAAGGCAAAGUGGUUUUACCUAAUGUA